GACGGACUGAGUACAGGCGCAUUUUUGCCCAAUAUCUUGUUCUACUUCGACUUCCCUUGAUGUCGGAGACCUUCACCAUCUCGUUCAGCUCGAUAGCCGCUAGGAAACCGCUGAGCAUGUCAUGAGUACUUGCGACGCCGCGUUAUGCGUCGAUGGGAGAAGAGGGGCCUCAUCAGCAUGCAUAUAAUUCAUGGCUUAGUGCUAUUCAAGGUUGGAUGUAUGCUUUCACCGAAAAUCUGACUCUAGGCCUGGGAAGAUCUCAAGACAGCAACAUUCAUGCUGGCGCACCAAAGACUCGUUUGCAUGGCAGUGAUAUGGAAGCAUACUUAUCAAUAGCCAGCCCGAAUAGCACACAAUGUGGCAUACAACUAUUUAUGUGCCCAGAAUUUGUCCAUGUCCUUGUUUCAGCAGCCGAAAUCAUAGGAAGAGCGACGUCUGCGCCGCCAAUUGCCCUUAUGCGCCUAAAUGGACAGCCAGAAAUCACAAUGACGUACUGAUAUUCCUUCGAUGCCCGCGUGUACCAGUUCAGCGACCCUGUUUAUGCUUCUCUGCGCGAUCAGGAUCAGUAUCUCUUUGGAUAUUCGCCGAGCAUCUCCACAUACAGCAUGCCCUCCGUGACGGCGUUUCUACCCGCAUUUCUGGGUCACUGUGACAGGGAAGAUCAAGAACGUGUUUUAUCUGCGGUGGUAAGGGUCCCAGGGUGCGAUACAGACUCCGUCGAGGUACAGAACCAUGCACCAAGCCGGUAUGUCACGUCCUUGCAUGGAAUCUACAUGCUUGCGGAGUGGUCUUCGGAUAUAAAAGCGAGCUCUUCCCCAUCUGCUGGUACACACCUCAGCCGACGCAAUGU